AUGAGUAGUUACUACUCGGACUCGGAUGACGUUGACAUCCGCUUCUCCAGGCGUCGAGCGCCGUCACCUUCACCCGUCCACUACGUAGAAGCGAGGCCGAGGCCGAGAAGCUACUACCCCUCAGCUCCUCAGCAACCAGCUUUCCUGGCCCCGGAGCGCACAGUCAUCACCACUCGCACCCGAUCAAGGGAACGUUCUCGUGAGCGCCGCUCUACUCCCCCAAGCAGCGCGCCCUCGGCCCCAACACCAGCACCAGCACCACCUCCGGUCAUCAUCAAUAAUCGCAUCUACAAUGAACACUCUUCGGAUGAAGAGGAUGACCGCCAUAUGCAGGUCUAUCACUCUCGUCACCGUACUCGUUCGCGCGGUCACUCCUCUCACUCCCGAUCGCCAUCAUCCUCCUACAUGACCCGAGAGGACUAUGAGGCGGAAAGGGCUCGCCAGGAGCUCGCCGAGUUGAGAAUCACUCAAGCUCGCGAGAAGGAGGAACGUCGGAUUCAAAAGGAGUACCGAGAAGAGGCCGAGCUACAGCGGGCAAAGCGUGAUCUUGACGAUAUCCGAGGUCGCGAGGCCCGCGCGGCUGAAGAAAAGCGUUUCAAGACGCAGAUUGAACUGGAAAAGUACCAAGAGGAAAUGCGACUAGCAGAUCUCGCCAAGAAGCGAGAAAAGGAGGCUGCCGACGCCGUGGAGCGUUACAAGAGAAAGGAACAAGAACGACUCUUGCAAGAGAAGAGGGAGAAGGAGGAGCGCGAGAAGGAGUUCCAAAGAAGACUACAAGAAGAGCGUCAAAAGGAAUUAGACCGCUUGGCCAAGGAAAAGAAGGAGAAAGAGGAGCGCGAAAAGGAGUAUCAACGACGACUCCAGGAGGACCUUAUCAAGUCGGGUCUCGACGAAAAGGCGAUUGCCGCUAUUCUCAAAAAGGAGAAAAUUCCUGAGCCUCCCAAGCCCAAGCCAAACCCCAAUGCCGCAAGUGGCACUCUUGUCGCAGGCGGCCGCCCGACCUAUACGCGCAUGGCUCGGAGGCACCUGUCCAUUGAGACGUUGAGAACAUAUCAUGUUGAGUGGGAGCUGGAUGUUGAUCCCGACUAUGUGCUCAUCAAACGUUGGGUUCCAGAAUGGGAACAGGACACGCUGUGGAGGCACACAAGAUCACUUCGCGAGAAACGUUCGUCCAAGCUUGUGCUCGAGAUUGAGGACAAGAAACCGCACAAGCAUGAACCCGAGUUCGAAUGGGUUAGGAAGAAGAGUGACCGCAAGCGAAGUAAAUCGCCAGCACUUCUCAUGUACCUUGCGGGGGCCAAGCCGGCAUGA